AUGGACCCCGAGCCUACUCUCCCCCUCGAGCGCUCCGUCUCACAACACAGCGCAACGUCCAUGAGAAGCGUCCGCUCUGCUACCGUACGAGCCAAACGAUCAAAGCUGAACUCCCAACCCUCGAGCUCCGCGAGCUCCAUCGCCGCCUCCGAAGACAAGUCACUGACGAGCUUCCCCUCCUUCUCUCCCGACUCGCCAAGGGGCGAAGACGCCUUUCCUCCCCCGCCCCUGACACCGGAACCCGAAGCGCCGGCCACCGUACGCAAGAUUUCAGAUACCAGGCCGGGUCCCAUCUCCCUGCUGGGAAAUCUGACUGGCUCCUCCGCCGAACAAGCGGCUCGUGAUGCGCUGUUUGAGGACUCGCCUAUUUCGAUGCACAAAAUACCAGGUGCUCUUCACCAUUCGGACGAUGAGCACAUUGGGCGUCUCAUUGCCAGACACGGAGCUGUUGCGCUUGUUAGACAGGUUGCGACCGAUUUGGCACAGCGCGAUGCUCAGAUCGCUCAGCUGAGGAGAAAGGCCGACGAAAGGGAGAGGGCUUUGCGGAAGAUCAUACUGGAAUGCGGCUUAUCUAACCUAGACCUCGAGAAGAGACUCAGAACUAUCGAAAUCGAGGUCAAAAUGGAACGCCCCGGCAACCGCCGCAACGAGAGCGGUCUAUCUGACCUCAUGAGCGAUGCCAUGCAGGAUACGGUCAACGUUAAUGUCUUUGGACAGACUGAUGGAAAUGAUGCAACGAUUCGCGCCAGCAACCUCUCUAUCCCCUCGAAUCCCGACGGAAGAGGGACUGCGAGAGGAUGGAAGGAUUAUCUUUGGGGAGGAACCAGCAGGAAGGGCAGCAUGCCCAGCAGCGUCAACGGCGACGACAUCGGGAGACCUGCCACGGUCGUUAGAGCACAGUCCACUGCCGAUAGGCGGCCCGGCCUUCAGGAUGACCUCUUCAGCCCACCUAGCGAGAGCGUGCCGCCCGAGAACGUGCCACCAAGAACCCCCAGUCGAGCGUCUAGCAUCCAGUCGGGGCCCCCUGGAUCGCGCAAAGCCUCAACUUCGGUCGCAGCGAGCCUCAUGAGACUGGUGGCCGGAGGUGCAAUCAACACACGCGAGGGCGGUCCCAACCGUGGAAGGUCUAACAGUGCUACCCAACCGCAGUCGCAGUCGAUCCCGCGAGCGUCUUCAACUUCCAGCGCCAAAACCACACAGUCCAGCCGAGCGGUCUCGACGGCAGGCGGCCCCAAGGCUCUUAUGGCAAUGCGUAGAACCACCGGAACCGCGAUCGCUUCUCCGGUCAACACCACCGCCAGGAUCCAGCCGCAAGAGAGAUGGGAUACCAUGGUGAACAGUCCGACGAACGCGACCUCUAACCGUCAGGAGAGUUACGGCCCCGUCGAGAUGGAUGCAAUCCUCCCACCCGAGACCCAACCACCAACCUUGACGCAUAUCUACAAUAACUACAUCGGUAGCGAGUAUCUUACUGAUCGAUUCGGCUUCAUCUACGAUCAACGUAGGAAGAAAAGGCAGCGUGAAUCUGCGCAGAUGGCGCGUCGCUUCAAGCAGAGCGGCCGUGCCGAGAUGCUAUCAAACGGCCGUUCGGAUUUAACUUCGCCAAUGAUCGAAGAGGAAGAGGAGGUGCUCCCGAGCCCGGGGAGCGAAGAACGGCCUGGCAGUCCGUCGUCCACGGAGGAACGCGCAGGUGAAGGCAAGCCCAAGAAGUGGCAAGAUUACCUCAAGCUAGCCACAUUCCCUACUGAGCUGUUGUCUCACACCCCCUCACUCAGCGCCCCAUCUCUGGAGGUGUUGGAGGGCGGAGAAUUGGGACUGAAGUCACCUGGAUUCAUUGCGGCUGACGAGCGAGGAUUCGUACCGAUUGCGAGCACCACAACCUCCGUUAUUGACAGCGAGGCGACACCCCCAGUUGAGACUGAUGCCGCUGCAGGAAUGGUUGUCAGAGACGACACAGAACCCGUGAAGCUCCUUCUUCAACACAUGGGCGAUUUGCACGAUUCCCUGCAGAGGGACAAGGCGGCCCGUUGGAACGAGUUCCUGCGCAAAGUCAGGGCUGAGAGGAAACGAGAUGGCGAGGCUGCAGCCGCGGCAGCCGCCGCGCUUGCCGAGGCUCGCUUUGAACGGCCAGCCAUGACCAUACCCGAAGCUGCCAUAGCCGAUGGCGAGCUGAUUGGAAUCACUGGCCUCGGGAAUAAGGGGAAGGUUGGGCGCGCCAAGAGGUCGGAGUUGAGGAACUUAGUUCUUGGUGGUAUCCCAGUCAACUUGCGCGCGAAAGUCUGGUCCGAGUGCUCUGGCGCAACCACCCUUCGUGUCCCAGGAUAUUAUCAAGACAUUAUUGCUCGACCGGAUGAAGAUGAUGACCCGCUGGCAGUGUCCCAGAUCGAUAUGGACAUCAACCGCACUCUGACUGACAACAUCUUCUUUCGCAAGGGGCCGGGCGUUUCGAAGCUCAAGGAAGUGCUCAAAGCCUACGCCCGUCGAAACCCAGAGGUCGGCUACUGCCAGGGCAUGAAUCUCAUUGCGGCUAAUCUACUGCUGAUAAUGCCGUCGGCGGAGGACGCGUUUUGGAUUCUGACCAGCAUCAUCGAAAACAUCCUGCCAUCUGGAUACUAUGACCACAGUCUCCUUGCAUCUCGCGCAGAUCAGCAGGUCUUGCGUCAGUAUGUCGUGGAUGUGCUCCCCAAGCUGUCGCAACACCUAGACGAUCUCAGCAUCGAGCUGGAAGCGCUCACAUUCCAGUGGUUCCUCAGUGUCUUCACUGACUGCCUUUGCGCCGAGGCUCUGUUCCGCGUCUGGGAUGUGGUACUUUGCAUGAAUGACGGGAGCACCUUCCUGUUCCAGGUGGCGUUGGCGUUACUUAAGCUUAAUGAAACGCAGCUUCUGCAGUGUGACACGCCGGCGAGUGUGUACACUUACAUCAACCGCCAGAUGACGAAUCAUGCCAUCAGUAUCGACAACAUGAUCAAGGCUUCUGACGCUCUGAGGAAACUGGUCAAACGCGAGGAUGUGGAGGCGCGCCGCGACAAGGCGAUCCAGGCGGAAAAGGAUAUUGCCAGGCAGAGAGACGAGAUGAACGCAGCCAAGAAAGCAACGAAGACCAACGGGAAUGGUAAUAGCAACGGUAACAGCCAUGACAGCGCCCAGGAGGAGAACAGGGCAGCUGAGCCGGAUUUGGGUGUUCGUGAGCCAUUACCGAUUGAACAGGACGUGCAGACGUGA